AGGGGGCCGUGGUUUGGAGCGGAAGCUCUGCAUGUUGUCCUUCCUUCUGCCCGACUCUCGGCAUGAGGAUCGGUCACAGUCUGUCUGUAUGUCUCUGAUCAGAUCCAUUCCCGCUUCCCGAAUGAAGAUUAAAAGGCAUGCCAAAAGAAAAAUAUGACCCUCCAGACCCACGCAGAUUAUACACCAUCAUGUCUUCUGAGGCGGCAGCAAGUGGGAAGAAAUCAAACUGGACUGAGCUGGAAAUUUCUGGGCGGGUCAGAAGCCUAAGCAGCUCAUUAUGGACACUGACCCAUUUGACUGCUCUCCACAUCAAUAAUAACAACCUUAGCCGGAUUCCUCCUGAAAUCGCCAAGCUCCCCCAUCUUGUCUUCCUGAACCUGUCCUCCAACAAACUGCGCAGCCUGCCAGCAGAACUCGGCAACAUGGUGACUCUCAGGGAAUUGCUUUUGAACAAUAAUUGUUUACGAGUUUUACCUUAUGAACUUGGUCGGCUGUUCCAGUUGCAAACCCUUGGACUUAAAGGUAAUCCGCUGUCGCAGGACAUUCUCAACAUAUAUCAGGAGCCUGAUGGAACGAGAAAGUUAUUGAAUUACAUGCUUGACAAUCUUGCAGUCCACCCAGAACAACUACCCCAAAGACCUUGGAUCACUUUGAAGGAGCGAGACCAAAUGAUGCCCACAGCUGUGUUCACAGUUAUGUGCUACAACGUACUGUGUGACAAGUAUGCAACAAGACAGUUGUACGGUUACUGUCCAUCCUGGGCUCUUAACUGGGAGUACAGGAAGAAGGGUAUCAUGGAGGAGAUCACAAACUGUGAUGCGGACAUCAUCAGCCUGCAGGAGGUGGAAACGGAACAGUACUACACUUUCUUUCUGGACACAUUAAAAGACCGGGGAUAUGAUGGAUUUUUCUGACCAAAGUCUCGUGCCAAACUCGUGUCCGAACAGGAGCGGAAACACGUGGAUGGCUGUGCUGUUUUCUUUAAAAGCGACAAAUUCGCUCUGGUGCAGAAACACACAGUGGAGUUCAAUCAGGUCGCCAUGGCAAACUCAGAGGGCUCAGAGGUUAUGCUUAAUAGAGUCAUGACCAAAGAUAACAUCGGAGUAGCUGUCUUGUUGGAGGUGGAAAAAGAACUGUUUGCUAGUGGUUUAAAGGAGCCUCCAGAGAAGCAGCUUCUGUUGGUAGCAAAUGCACACAUGCAUUGGGAUCCAGAAUACUCGGACGUGAAGCUCAUCCAGACCAUGAUGUUCCUCUCGGAGCUGAAGAGCAUCACUGAAAGAGCCUCAAGCUCCAUCAACUCCACCUCACCCACUUCAGACAUUGGUUCCAUCCCUAUCGUCCUGUGUGCUGACCUCAACUCCCUCCCAGACUCUGGUGUUGUGGAGUAUCUGAGCAAUGGCGGAGUUGCAGAAAACCACAAAGACUUUAAGGAACUGCGCUACAGCGACUGUUUGACCAACUUCAGUUGCAAUGGUAAAAACGGCAAGCCCGACGGCAGCAUCACGCACAGUUUCCACCUGAAGAGCUCUUACGAAGGCAAUCUGAUGCCCUACACAAACUACACUUAUGACUUCAAGGGUGUGAUUGAUUACAUUUUCUUCUCUAAGACCCACAUGAGCGUUCUAGGAGUUUUAGGUCCACUGGAAACUCAAUGGCUGAGGGACAACAACAUAACCGGCUGCCCUCACCCGCACAUCCCCUCCGAUCAUUUUUCCCUUCUGGCUCAGCUGGAGUACCACCCACCUUUGCCUCCUCUCAACGGAGUGCAUCUGCCUGUCCACAGGUAGUGCAGUCCUCAUCCCCCACUGUCCUAACCCCCCCAACCAAAGACAAUACCCCUCAUGAGCCCCUAAAGUAUAAUCCCGCAUCAAGGAGUGAAGUCAUAAUCCACUUUGUUCCUUUUUUAACCUUUGCACAGGAUUGUAUGAUCUUAUGACUUUUUUCGACUUGAAAUCGAAAGCUUAACACCAAAUUAGGGUUGGGAUUCUCCGAUUGGGAUCUGUGAAUCAUGCUGCUUUCCAGAAGAUUGAUCCGUUUGUCAGAAUAUGAAUGUGAGGUGACACAAUUAUGCAUCAAAGACACGUUUUAUGUAGCAAAAGAAUGUACACAAGAGUAUUACUAACCAAGACCCUCAACAUCUCAUAAAUUUGACAAAGAAAUCUUAAUGAAGACAUUAAAUCUAUUUUUUUAAAAACUUUUUGAUAGUGCAAUGUGAAGUAUUAUGCAAAAUUGUCUUUAAGUCGAAGAUUUACAUUAUUAAAGAGGAUCCCAGCCCUACUGAUUCAAACCAAGCUGUGUAUGUUUGCUGUUUUCUCACGCUGCUUGCAAUGACAUCCAUCACAUGACAGUACGGAUGUGUAAUGACACAGUAUAUAGUCGUCUCAUUGAUAUCAGGGUUCUGAGGAAUGAGCAGCUCAAAAAUCAUUGACAAUGAAUGUCUGGUUGGCAGAGGUGAUUACUAUUAAUGGUACAAUUUUCAUUAUAAUUGGACAGUUCGAUCUUACAUACGCCUGAUCGGCUUGGAAGUUUUGUAGACAUGGCAAGACUCAGCUUUGUUAGUUAUUGUUGGAAGGUACGUAACACUGAUUUAAUUUCGUUUAUGAACUGUAUUCUGAAAAACUGGAAAACUUUUCACUCAGGCUUCCCGCUCGCUUUAGUUGUCUGGCACAAGUGCACAAUUCAGGGGAAUUUCACUCGCUGUUGAAUCUGUAUUUGAAGGUUCAUGUCUUCUCUUUAGUUUGAGGGCAGCAAACUAAGACAUCAGCUUUCACAAAAUUUCACUAAACUAACUUUUAACAUUUGUUUUUACUGGUGCAACAGAAACAUGUUCAGAAAACAACUACAGUGGGAAGUGAAUAUAUCCUACCCAUAUUAACUUUGCUGACACUUCUUAAAGUAAUAGUUCACCUAAAAAUGAAAAUUCUGUCAUGAGUUACUCUGUUAAGUUGUUCCAGACCUGUAUACAUUUCUUUGUUUUGUUGAACACAAAGAAAGAUAUUUAGAAGAAUGUUAGCAACUGAGAAUUCUCGGGCACCAUUGACUACCAUUAAAAUUGUUGUCCAAAGUGCCCCAGAACUGUUUUUUCUCCUAAAUUCUUCCAAAUAUUUUCUUUUGUGUUCAACAGAAAAAUAAUUAUAGAAUAAUUCUUUCUACUAUGGUAGUCAAUGGUGCCCCAGAAAUCACAAUUGCUAACAUUCUUCCAUAUAUCUUUCUCUGUGUUCAACCGAACAAAGAUAUUUAGACAGGUUUGGAACAAUUUGAGGAUGAGUUCAUAUAAAAAAACACACCCAAAAUAAUGUAUAUUUAAAAUUUUAAGGAAAGUAAGCAAUAUUUUCAGAAUUGUUUAAAAACAGAGCAUCCGCUGUUUUUAACAAGCUAUGCCCCCUUUCAUUAUCUAUAGACCACUUUGCAUGAUGUAAACACUUGUCCAGAUGCACUUCCGCAUUCAUUUUUAUUCAUUUGAUAUUAAUUGUAUCAAUCUUCAACUGUAUUUUGUUCAAACGUUUGUGUAGUGUUAAAAAAACUGAAACGGGAAGUUCUUCUAGACCAGCGUUGAACCAGCCUGUUUACGUCAUCCGAAAUUGUCUAUAGUGUAAGCUCAUAAACACACCCUUUUACAACUCAACAGAAAGCCUUCAGAAACCUGGUAUUAAAAUGAGUGCGUUCCACUUUGAUGAAACUGUGCCUAGUUUUCAACCAUCUUUUCUACAGCGGUACUGCCUGUGAUAGCAAAACUCUUAAAGAGUGAGCCAGCACCAGCAUCAUCCAUCCAUCCACUCACCCAUCCAUUCAUCUCUUCACUGGAAAGACUACUACUACAGUUGCAAUGACACAGUUAUAUUAAACAAGGGUUGAGGUUAAACAAUAAUGUAAAACCUGCAAAAUAAUUAUAUUGUUAUGUUAAUAUUUGACAACAUUAAAUAGAAAAUUGUAUGGUUUUCCUCUUUACCAGAAAAGUAACAUUAUCUUAUAUUAUAUUUUUAUUCCAGUUCAUCAUUUGAAUGCUGGUAUUCAGAGUAUAAUCUGCAUUCAAAACAAUCAGUUUGUGUUUUGAAAGAAUGUGGAAAAUACCAGUGGUCUUUCAGUGAAUGUGGACCCUGAAGUGUUUGUUCCUAACAUGUGGGCUUAACAAUGGCCUUUCUCAUGCUCUUUCUCUCGAGCUUAUGACAAGUUUGUGAAUCUUGCUUGGUCUAUAAACAAUAUGGUAAUGUGGAACAGGACUUCUGUUCAUUGUGUUCAUUUAUCAACUUGGUGCUUUACAAUGUAGCCAGUUUAAAAAAUAAAUCAAUCAAUUUUCUCAAUCAAAAUAAAAUAAAAUGGCCUGUUCUUGUGUGUCCACAAUAAAAGCAAUAAAGAUGUCAUUUUACUCUC